AUUUACUUGCUCCAGCCAUGUAUUUUUCAACGAAGAAAGCUCCAAACCAGAAAAUUUUAACUGUUCUCUUCUCGUGAAGAGUGAAGAGUGAAGAGGGAGGGAGGCAUAAAUCAGCAGCCUACUUACCGUCUUCUACCGUCUCUCAUGGAGCUGGAAUUGGAAGAAUCCAUUGCUAGAGGUGACCAUGGCGACGGAUCACCGAUCACUUCCCUAGCUCCGGACCACUUAUUCACAGUUCUCCUCCGACUACCUGUAGAUUCAAUUCUCUCCUUCUCCAUUACUUGUAGGAGAUUUAGGGCUCUCACUUCCUCUGAUACUCUCUGGGAAGCUAUUUGCAGAAGGGAAUGGGGAUCCUCUUCAGUCGAGGCCCUCAAGUCCUAUCAUCUCUCUCAGCUGCCAUGGAUGAGGGUCUACAAGCAAGUUUCCCAGCUUGACUCUGUUUAUUGCCAUAGAUUAUCCGACCCAGAUGCCGAAUCAUUACAUCCCAGUCCUAGAGCUUCUCACUCCCUUAACUUCGUAUCAGAUUGCUUGGUACUGUUUGGUGGAGGAUGCGAAGGAGGACGUCAUCUUGAUGACACGUGGGUGGCAUACAUUGGUAAUGAUUGCCACAGGAUGCUGAAGUGGCAGAAGAUGAACUCAGGUAUCCCAAGUGGGAGAUUCGGACAUACAUGCACUGUUGUUGGUGAUUUUCUGAUUCUCUUUGGAGGAAUCAAGGACAAUGGAAUUCGUCAGAAUGAUACAUGGGUGGGAAGGAUUGAAAGGAGCGAGAUUCAUGGUAUUGGGUUCUCGUGGAGACGACUUGACGUUGGGGUGAUAGCGCCACCACCUCGAGGAGCUCAUGCUUCAUGCUGCAUAGAUGAGAAGAAGAUGGUUGUCCAUGGAGGAAUUGGGCUGGGUGGCAUUAGAUUGUUAGACACCUGGGUUUUAGAGCUGUCUGAGGAUCUUAAAUUUGGAAGCUGGCAUGAGAUUGUGGCUCAUCCGUCUCCUCCAGCUCGAUCAGGACAUACACUUACUUCCAUUGGGGGAACGAAAGUAGUUCUGUUUGGCGGUAGAGGAGUAGGGUAUGAUGUGCUGAAUGAUGUUUGGCUCUUGAAUAUAUUUGAUGGUCAGGUUAGAUGGGUGCAAAUUGUGUAUGAGUUACAAAAUAUAAGUGAAGGAGUAUCUCUCCCGCGAGUUGGACACUCCGCCAACCUCAUCCUGGGAGGCCGCCUUCUAAUUUAUGGAGGGGAAGAUACAGAGAGGCACCACAAAGAUGACUUUUGGGCGUUGGAUGUCAGUGCGAUGAAAUCAAUCGAAGAGCAGCAGCUUACCACAUCAAACUCCAUGGGAUUAUCAGCGAAGAUGUGGAAGAGAUUAAAGGCAAAUGGUUACACCCCCAGCUCUAGAUCAUUUCAUCGCGCCUGUGCAGAUCGUUCUGGUCGUUACUUAUAUGUCCUUGGGGGGAUGGUGGAUGGCCUAGUUCUGCCUGCUGAAUCAUCAGGACUCAGAUUUGAUGGAGAUCUGUUUCUCGUGGAGUUGGUUAUUUAGGUGUGGCAAAGAUAAACUGAAGUGUAUGCUUACCCAAUCAUGUUAGAAUGUCUGUAAACGUUCACUCCAUAUUAUUGGAUGCUAAAUUAACAAUUUGUUCAUUCUCUCAUUCAGAGUAUUGAGAGGCUUUGUGGUUAGAUCUGAAAGAGUCUUGAGAGCGAUGUCAAGUAUUCACUCUCCUAAAAUCAAUGAUAGCGUCUAUUUACCUCAUAAUGAAACCGUUGCCUUGAUCA